GUAAGCAAUCGAUGAUCCGAACAGACGUCUGGUAAGAAUUCGUUGACAAUCCUCGGACUAAAGCCAAUCGUCCAUCACUUACCAAUAAGCUUGUAUCUUCCUUUCCCUUGCCCCUAGUUCGAACAGCGAACGGCCAAUUUAUUGAGCAUGAUCAUAGAAAUUACCUCAUAUGUAAAGACCACGAAUCAGUACACGUUUAACCUCUCAGCACCCACAACUCAAAUAGUCUAUCUAUCAAGGUCCAUAUUUGACUCCUCUACUUACUAUACACGUAGUACAAAGUAGGGGUUGCAAUUUGAGCCGAGUAUGUAUGUACCUAGCUAGUGCCGUUGCCAGACAGCCGAUGGAGGGCCAUGCAGGUCCGGAUGCGUUCGUGACGCACGUCCCCGACUACCCCGUCCUAGAGGACUAGGUUGGGAACCAGGUUGUGUAUCAGAUCCCGCCCUACCACAGCCGUUUUAUAAUCAUUGUGGUGCGCCUUACCUGGGUGUUCUUGCAAGUGCAAAUCUGUGUUGCUCUCGUACUCAGUCUCCUUCGCCGCCGUCCGAAGUCAACAUGUCAGUGAGACCGAGUUCAUCGAGGGGCCUCAGUUCCAAUAGUUCAGCCAACAACAGUUUUAAGUAUGACAAGAGGAUAUCUAGGGACGACUCUUUCAUCAACUCUCGAACAGCGGUCGGGGCUGGAUUUAAAUCAUACAACAAUUUUGCACGGGGACAACUACCUACACCAGAAAUAAGCCCACGGACAUCACCUCCGCGCAAAAUAUCCGUCCCAACUGUUAGGAUGCCUACCCCCGAGUCUCUCAACGACACUAGUUCUUCGGAGAUAGGCAUGGCACUUGGAAGUCCUACAAGCGUCCCGGUGAGCGGUGGCUCACGGGCACCUCAAACGACUCUUCGCGCCCCGCCGAUCCCGACACCAUCUUUGGUAUCGCCUGCCGCAUCUGGGAUUAGUUCUACUGGCUCCUUACCUAGGAAGCAGUCGACGAAGUGGAAGUUGUUUGGUAGAUUUGGAAGGAAACCAUCAGAGCAAUCUCUCGCAGGACCGGUACCGAACGAACUGAGAGUUUUGUCUAAACCAGAACAGACACAAGACAUGACUUCCCAGCCUUGGUACGACUCAAAUGUGCAAAGGAGCAAUACUGUUGGUACACGUAAACCACCAAAACAUAAACCGAUUGUAAUUAGGUCUCAAACACUGCCUCAUGAUGACAGCCCACCACAAGUGCCAAGAUCAACAUCUAGGUCAAGCGGGAAGAAGACCGAAGAGACUUUUGGAAGAAUCCCGAUAGCAUUGGACACUAAUCAGUGUUUGUCAAGUCCCUUGCUGAAUGUUGAGAUUCCGGAUAUCACCAUGGAAAGAUACAGCGUCAUGUUUGGAAGCGUACUGCAGUCACAACCUUCACUGUUAACUAGACGGCAAGCCACGGUUCAAAAGCUUAAGAGCAUUGAAGAUGCUGUAGAAAGAGAAGAGGAGGAAAAAUAUCGCGAAAAGCAUCAUGAUAUGCAUCAUGAAGUUUUAAAGAGUCCGAGGAGAGUAACAUCACCUGCGACGGGGUCGCCGGCAUUUGCUUUAUUUCCUCCUCAGAGAAUAGCACAAACACCACCCUCUAACCCAUCACCACUUUCACGAUCUAAUACUUCUCCUGCAAUGCUUCGAUCGCCUUUAAAGGCGGCCUUCGAUCACACUGCACCUAAUAAUCACAUACAAUCUCAUGACGCGCCCAGGCAUAAUCAUCUCAAAGAAUCUUCUGGUCGCCCCUAUCCAAAGGGAAAGCUUACUAUUGCAACUCUAGCUAGAGCAAGGGAGCAAAACAAUGCUCCUAAGGAAUACCAAUUUAGUCCCGACUCGUCGAAUUUAGUGCUGGAAUCUCCAACGGAGAUGUCGUCUCCUGAAUUUGAAGUAGUCAAGCCGGGGUCUAUACGUCCGAGAGCCUCGUACAUACAGGAGCCCAAGUGGCAGAUGAUAACACCACAACAACAAACGCCCUCUACCGCAAACUCGUCUUUGGCAAGCGAUAGGAAGCCUCCGCCUUCUUCGCCGGCGACAUCCGUAACCUCGAAGACAAGCCAGGACUCGAAAGAUGAGGACGACUUGUUGGAGAAUAGCUCUAACAUGAACCCCGUAGAGUUAUCGAUCGCCCGGCAGAUCUCGAUAUCUCGACAGCAGCGAAAAAUGCUGAGACCCUUACAAACGGCUACGAGGACACAGAGGAGCCCUUCUAAACCAAUCCCCGUCCCUAAAAUCGCUAUAGGCCAGAACGAGAGACUCGCUGAAACGACUACUAAGACGCCGAUUCUAAUUACGCCUGAAGAGACAACCAGCAACUCUAACCUGGCGGCGCAUCGGAAGAGCGAGCGCGUCGUAUUGGAACGAGCAUGAGAUUGCUCGGUCCAUAUCUAAUUAC